CCUGCCUAAAAAUGGUGGAACGUGAGGAGAAGAAGAAAGGCUGCACGGUGAUUGGCUGCUCGUAGGGGCGUGCACACGCAGCAAAGAUGGCAGCGGUGACCCGGGGCUCCUAUAUUUUCGUCUCGCGUUUGCUAAGUCGGCACCUCUGCCGUUGGACCGUUCGGCAGCAGACCCUCCGGUGUGGCAGAGCUUUACAGCCACUCACCGUUAAAUGCAGCAGAGAGUCGCAGGUAUUCUCUCUCCGUGGGCUACACGCUGCCUCAGCAUGUUGUGGGCCCGUCGUCCAGUUCAAACUCUCUGACAUUGGAGAAGGCAUCAUGGAAGUGACAGUGAAGGAGUGGUACGUAAAGGAGGGGGACAAAGUAUCCCAAUUUGACAGCAUCUGUGAGGUCCAAAGCGACAAAGCGUCGGUCACCAUCACCAGCCGCUACGACGGCGUCAUCAAGAAACUCUACUAUGACGUGGACGCCACCGCGCUCGUCGGCAAACCUUUGGUGGACAUCGAAACGGAGUCGAGCUCAGAGGUGAUCCAAGAGGAAGACGUGGUGGAGACCCCCGCCAUGGCUCGGGAGGAGCACACCCACCAGGAGAUCAAAGGCCACAAGACCCAGGCCACGCCUGCCGUCAGGCGCCUUGCCAUUGAGAACAAUAUCAAACUCAGUGAGGUGGUGGGAACUGGGAAAGACGGACGCAUUUUGAAGGAAGACAUCAUGAAUUUCCUGGCAAAACAGACUGGCGCCAUCCUGCCUCCAGCCCCAGUCCAGGAGAUCCAGACUCCAGGCCCUUCCCCACCCUCCGCCGCUGCCCCCGCUGGCAGGCCCACCAGCCCAUCGACGGUUGUCAAAGCCCCGCCUCCCAGAACCACACCAGUUUUUACAGGAAAGGAUGUGACCGAGCCAGUCAAAGGUUUCCACAAGGCCAUGGUGAAGACGAUGACGGCGGCGCUUAAGAUCCCUCACUUUGGCUACUGUGACGAGGUGGACCUGAGCCGCCUGGUGGCUCUCAGAACCGAGCUGAAGCCCAUUGCAGAGAGCCGUGGCGUCAAACUGAGCUACAUGCCCUUCUUCAUCAAGGCCGCCUCCCUCGGGCUCCUGCAUUUCCCGAUCCUGAACGCCUCAGUGGAUGAAGACUGCCAGAACAUCACCUACCGGGCGUCUCACAACAUCGGCCUGGCGAUGGACACCAGCCAGGGCCUGCUGGUUCCAAACGUGAAGAACGUCCAGCUGCUCAGCGUCUUCGAGAUCGCUCAGGAGCUGAACCGGCUGCAGGCGCUGGGAGCCGCAGGUCAGCUGGGCACCGCCCACCUGAGUGGAGGCACCUUCACGCUCUCCAACAUCGGAUCGAUUGGAGGGACGUACGCUAAACCGGUCAUUCUGCCUCCGGAAGUGGCCAUCGGAGCUCUGGGAAAAAUCCAGGUUCUGCCCCGGUUUGGUGCCGGCAAUCAGGUGGUCCGUGCACAUAUCAUGAACGUCAGCUGGUCCGCAGAUCACCGGGUCAUUGACGGCGCCACCAUGUGUCGUUUCUCCAACCUGUGGCGGGAGUACCUGGAGAACCCGGCGGCUAUGGUCCUGGACCUAAAAUAAUUUCCCAUCAGCCUUGGCAAACAUGCCACGCCACACUAAAGCCCCGCCCUUGUCUUCUCACUUCCUGGCCUUCAUGUUCACUUUUCUUCCUUGUUGCCUUUGAGCCAGGGGCUUGGGCGGUGAUCUACCUUUCAGUUGCGGUCGCCAUGGUGACCAGACAUUCUCACCGAACGGGGACUGUUGGAACUGGGCCUCAUCUGGACUUUUGGGUUCCAGUGGUUUUUACAGUUGGAUUUGAUGCUUUUAUGAGCUGAAAGUUUGGAUCUAGCAGAACCAGAAACCCACACACUCCUAAAAAGUCCAAAUGAUUUGAACCGGUUCCUGUUUUAAGAAGCUUCUUUCCCAAAAGAAGCUUGCUCCUGCAGAACCUCUGCAGCCUUCAGACCAGAACCUGCUCUACAGAAGAAUCCCUCUGAUCCAGUCUGUUGAGGUCAGCUGACCCUCCAGACACGCCCAAUCUGGACAGAACCACAGCUAAACCUUCUGAAGAACUUGUGCAGCUGUUUUCCGUUACGACUGUUCUUGGUUUUUGUUUUCUGAAGAGCUGUUACAAUGAAAUUCCUAUGAAAGUCCUGCAGACUGUCUGUCUUCACCAGACAACUAGGACCUGGACCAGGCCAGAACCAUGACCUUAAACGGUCCCUAAAGUAUUUUUUAAAAAUUACUAAUAACAAUUGAAUGGAUCUCUACACAAACAAUGCAAAUUUACCUAAUCAAAUCCAUGAAAUUACUUUUCUUUAUGGCAAUUUAACUUCAGUUUUCCUUGUUAUUUAUUGUAAGAAUUCAGUUUUACUGUCAGAAAUUGAUGACUAUUUCUGACGAGUCAUUAAGAAUUUUGACAGUGAUAGCCCCCCUGUGAAAUGUGAAUCUCUGGCCUGAACGAUGAACCAAAAAAAGGCCAGACCCAUAAACUGACAGUUCCUGACCACAAAGCUGUUGAUCUGAACCGUGAACUGAAGCAGAUCUGAAUCUGGAACGGUUACAGACUCAAGUUUCUCUGGUUCCACCAAACCUUAAGUUGUGAUAUAAACUGGCACCAGCUCAGUCAUCGGACCUGAAACACAGAUAAUGUCGUCUCUGACAACCUCAGAUGAUACUUGUUGCCAUGGCAAUGACAAAUCUUACCCCAAUGGAGCUGAUGUGUUUGUACUGUUUUUUUUCUCCAUAAAGUAAAAAAAAUUAAAAAUAUUCUAUUUCCUUUGGUUUAUGAAAUACUAACACCUGAGCGAUAGAAAAACAUUGCAGUCUUGGAGGGAGUACAUGCUUUUUCCCAGCACCUUUAAUUCUACAACCCUUUGGAAUAGAAAGUCAAGCUUGAGCUUUCUUCAGUCAGCGACAAGAACCACCUGCAAAUGAACAUAUUUUUAUGAUUAUUAGUUUUGUUUUGUUUGUGUUUCAGUAAAUGUAAUAAAAUACAUUUAUAGAGCGA